CAAGACUUAUUCCUGAACCGAAACGAAACCGGCAACCGGCUACUGACCGACAUCACGACAUCGGGUAUAUACGAGACGAUGAACCGAUUUUUAAGGAUGAAGAAGGAAGAUUUCUUCCAUUUACUGUCCCUUGUUGGUCCAAAAAUUGCGAAAAUGGACACAGAUUUCCGCAAAGCAAUCACGGAACAGGAAAGGCUGCUGAUAACAUUGCGUUAUCUUGCGACUGGAGAGACAUUUACCAGCCUCCAAUACGUGUUCCGGGUGUCGAGGCAUUCUAUCAGCAGAAUAGUUAAAGAGACGUGCGCAUGUCUUAUCGAGGCUUUGCGGGAUUAUGUCAAGCUACCCUCUACCGAAGAAGAAUGGCUUGCAAUCUCAAGACGAUUUGAGCAGCGCUGGAGAUUUCCUCACGCAAUAGGUGCAAUCGAUGGGAAGCACGUUGAAAUUAUUUGCCCUCGUAAUAGCGGAUCCGAAUAUCACAACUAUCAAAAAUUUUUUAGUAUUGUAUUAAUGGUUGUGGUCGAUGCUGAUUAUAACUUUUUAUGGGCAGAUGCUGGUGGUAAGGGAGGAAUAUCGGACGGUGGAAUAUUUAAAAACACACGGCUGUAUCACAAGCUAGAAAACGACCAACUAAACAUUCCACCAGCAACGCCAUUGCAGGUCCCGUACCAAACCCCAGUCCCAUACUUUAUUCUCGGUGACAAGGCAUUUGCCUUUACCAAUUACUGCUUAAGACCGUACAGCGGGGUGCAUCCUCCUGAUUCAAUGGAGCGUACAUUCAACAAAAUGCACUCUACUUGUCGUAUGCCAGUUGAAAAUUCGCUUGGAAUAUUAGCGAAUCGAUGGAGAGUGCUCAAAGGCAUACAACUGCAGCCGGAUGUUGCCAAAAACAUUGUUUUGACAACAGUUUACUUGCACAAUUUUUUGCGCAAGCAUGCUUCGCGGGACACAUACACACCCCCGUCUGCAUUUGAUAGGAAAAUCUUGCUGACAUAA